CGGUAAAUGACCCAUACAGACCCAACUGGGACCUUGGAACCACUGAACUGCGGUGCAAUCCAACCUGAAAUCCACCUGCAGCUUUACACGGCGCUGUUUGCGCUGUUUGUUCGGCGCUUGUUGCUGCUGUAGACGACACUCUUGGACCUCAUUAUCAUCCGGCAAACCUCCUGCUGGCCGUACAGUACGAACCUGACCUGCUUAUCUAUUCUUCAACCAGAAUCUCAGCUGGUCUAGUCUCCUAUCUCAACUCCUGGUCGCGUCUGGCCUGUUGUACCCAGACCAAAGGCUGUUCUACGAGCAUUGAAAGACCGGUCUUCCAUCAUCUCCACUGGCACUACCUUUACACCUCAAUUGAGACCUCCGUCGCUUCAACCUCUGUCUCCUGCCACAGCCCAUCAUGGCGGCUACAACUACAUCCUACUUGACAGACCCGACAUUGUACCUCUUCACCUCCUUGACUGCGGGAUCGUCUCACAUCAUCACCGCGACGUCGAGAUUAGAAACAAUCCUUAAGGCGAACAAGAUUCCAUUUCGGGCAGUGGACUGUGCCACGGACGAGAAGGCUCGCAUGCUAUGGGGCCGAAGAUCCAAGGGACGAAAACUGCCUGGUUUAGUGAGAUACGGAGAGAUCAUCGGGGAUCUGGAGCAGAUUGAAGAAUGGAACGAAUACGGCGAGCUCAAGGAGCAGAUUGCUGCCUCUGAACAUGGCGGCUUGACCGGCGGCACAACCACCAACAACAGUUUGGUUCCUGAGCCACCUGUCACCAGCACGACAAACUCUACGCCACAAAGAUCGGAACCUCCUUCUCGCGCAUCCUCCGAAACCCGCCACAUCUCUAUCGUGGAUCCCAAGGAGAAAGACAAGGAUGGCAAAGCCGGAGACUCCGCUUCCUCACACAAGCCAACGGAGUCACCUUUGAACCUGGCCAUGCGCCAACUGGGGGCCGAAGCCGCCGCCAAAGCAGGCCAGAAGAAGGCGGCGGCAGCGCAGGCUCUGAAAGCAGCAGCGGCACCUACCAAGGAACCCAGCACGACAGACCAGAUUCCCGUUCCGGCAGCCACGAAAUUGAGCGUAGAGGCCGCAGCCGAAUCACCCGAGACUGCGACAAGCGUCACCGCCGCGAAGACUCCUGCACAGUUGGCCGCUGAAGGCGCCAAGAGGACAUCGGUGGAUAAAAUCGCCGAAGCAUCUACGUCCCAAGUCGAAGGUGCAGGUACAGAAGCGACUUCUUCUCCAAGUGGUACUAAAGAGGAGGAUUCGUCGUCGUCGCCAUCAACAGAGGCUAAUCGACUAGAACUACAACGCUCAAGCACCAUCACUAAGCGAAAAUCCCGGUUAAGUGAGUCUACCCCUGUAGAAGAGAGCGAGACCGUACGCACUUCUUCUGAAGAAGGAGAAGAAAAAGGAGAAGAAGCAGUGUCCUCGCCGUCGAUUGCCGUCCCGGAGCAUGAGGUGAGCGCUACAAUGUCGCCGCUGGAGGGACCGCCACGACAGCACCGCGGCAGUGAUAUCGGAGAAGCCAGCCCUGAAGAGAUUCGAGCCUUGGAGAAGAAAUUGAGCAUCCCCGAGGAUGAGGAAGAGCCUGAUGAGGAGGAUGAACGGGGAAAGGAAGAGGAGAACAAGUGGGAGAAGGAGAAUGAGAAUCACAAGGCUGCCACUGCCACUGCUGCCGUUGCUCCCACCGACGAAGCAGAGUUGAAGGCUACCAAGGGGACUGAUCCGCAGGAAACCAAUGCCAAAGACGCGAAUAAGGCGGGCGUCAGUGUAGGUGAUUGAAUUUUUGGGGGGACUGAUGGAUAAAGGUAGAUCGUACGAAGAUUCAGUUCAUGUACAUCCAAGGCGCGGAGAUAUGGUUCUUGGUUGAUAGGUGUGUGGUGUCAAUUGGAACCUAAGUCCUUUUCUUAUCUGGUGGACAUACAAAGAUUUCAGCCCCUGUCUCGGAAAGGCGUUGGAACAUGACAUCCUAAGAACUGAGUGAUUUUACAUUCUGGCAAUCCUUGGUUUAUAUGUUUCGUUUUUGAACAUCACAGACCUUACCUACAGGAGUCUUUUUCGGCGUGAUGCUACACUGCACUGGUAUUCGGAGACUACCAGGUAGCCGGCCAUGUUUGCAUUGAUGGAGUUCAAGUUCUCCGGAGAUAUGAGGUACAUAGGUAAGUACCUACGUUUGAUAUAUGUGUGGGUAGUAGCCAUAUAUUUGACAAGUAUGUACAGUCAAGUAUACAUCUAAGAGG